ACCACACGCUCGGGUCCUCUGCCUAGCAAAGCAUCCCACUGCUACCUGUGAAAGCCUAAGGUCGCUGCCUCAGCCAUCGUUCAGAAGAUUUCAUGCCAAAGUUUGGCGUUGCUUCCAUUCUUAAAUCAAUCAAGCGUUCCCUCUGUGCCCUCAGAAUGAGUCGUUUCGGUUUUGAUGACGGUCAGCGCGACGGCGGCUACUACGGCCGCAGCCGUUACAGCAGCGGUCGUUACGGCGAUUCCGCUGGUUUCCGCGGUUAUGGAGAUCAAUCCGCAAGGGCCGGAUUCGGCUAUGAUGAAGGUGACGGUUACUACGGACGUAGCCAAUCUGCCGGCCGUGUGACGCAGUACCCUGACUAUCGGUACGGCCGAAGCCCUACACGCGACAAUCGAGACGGCCACUCUAGGGGAUUCCGAAGCGUUUCUGGCGGCAACCGCGAGUACGGCCGGGAUCGUUAUGACCGUACCCGGUCUGGAGGAAGCCUAGAACGCUACAGAGCUCGCUCUGCUGGUGACCGUUACGACGGUGACCGCUACGGCCCAGACAAAUACGACUACGGUGGAGACCGCUACGGCUCUGAUAGAUAUGGCUACGGAGGAGACCGCUACGGCUCUGACAGAUAUGGCUAUGGAGGAGACCGUUUCGGUGAUCGCUUUGGUGCCGACCGUUACGGUGCUGCUUCCAGCGGAGACGGCUACGGCCACGAUCGCUUCGGUUAUGGUAGUGGUCGCUCUGGAUAUGGGGUAGACAGGUACGGCUAUGGGAGCAGCCGCAACAACCGCGAAGCCGUCAGUUACGGUCGAUACGACUACGGCAGUGGACGUUAUGGUUAUGGAGACACGCGUUAUGGCCAGGGUGGAGACCGCUUCGGCCAAGGGGGCGAACGCUACGGCCAAGGUGGAGAUCGCUAUUUCCAAGGUGGUGAUCGCUACGGUCAAGGUUCAGUUCGCUACGGUUACGGAAGAGACCGUUUUGGCGGCGAUAGGCUUGGUGGGUAUGGGGCUGGAGACCGUUACGGUUACGGCGGCUAUCGAAGCACAACAGGAGGAGAUCGUUACGGGGCUGGUGGAGAACGAUAUGGAUACGGUGUUGAUCGCUACGGCUCCAGCGGUGACCGCUACGGCUACGGAGGCAAUCGCUUUGGUUUUGGAGGAGAUCGUUACGGGCAAGGUCGCUACGGAUCUUACCAAAAUGGUGUUUCUCCUUACGGCCGUGAUCGUUACGGUUCAGGACUAGAACGUCCUAACUACGAUGAGGGCUACAUUUCCGGCGCAGACCGUUACAGGUACGGCAGCGGCCGUUACGGACAGAGUUUGUUCAGUGCAGAUCGCUUCAGCCGCGACCAGCCCGGCCGAGUUCGCUUCGAUAGCGGACGCUUCGACGACGCCCGUCGCGGUGACAUUUACCAAGGCAGCAGGUACCAGGGCGGUACAUUCGCUGAUGGCGGCCCAUCGGACCAAGAACGAAGAGAUCAAUUCUCUGGCCGGCGGGAUUUUUACGGGCGUACGUGGAAUCAGAGACCAGCGAGUGAUGGCUUCUUUGUCGAUGAUCGAUACAGAACCGAAGGUGACAGCAACAUCAACAGGAGGUUUGAGCCCUCCUUCCGAGGAAAGGGAAGUUCUCCAAGACCUUUCUCUGGACGACCGUCCGGAGAAAGAGAUGGAAGACGGUUCGAGAUGCAGGGCAGUAAUAAAUUCCAAGGAGGUGGGCAGUUCGGAACUCAGAUGGGGCGGGAUAGAAUGCCGCCUCCCAUCCCUCCCUUCUCCGAGCCGCGGUCAAACUACCCUGCCACUCUCGCUUUAACUUGGAAUGACGAGGAGCGAUACGGCGGGACCAGCACCAACAGGUCUCGCGAGCUGGCCGUGCGCGCCACCUACGACCUCCUCCGUCGCCGGUACUACGAACGAGCUGCCGAUCCUUCACAAAACCCAACCUGGCUCCAAAGAGGCGCCAAUGGCAACGCUUACAACCUUGCUGUCGUGCCACCUGAAGUUCUGCGUGUCGAUUUUGUCGACUUCCGACCGCUCGACAACGCCAAAGAACACAGGACCUUCGAGUAUGAACUCGUCCAGGACCGCGAACAGCCCACGCCUGUCUUCCGCAGAGGCCAAACUUUCCUCCUUAAUUUAAGGUUCCUGGAACGGGAAUACGAUCCGAGCAGGGAUAAUGUGUACCUCAACUUCUAUUUCGGCCCGAACCCAUCUGUGCCAAAGAGGACGCGCGUGGUUCUUCGUGUCAGUCCGGAUCAGGAAUUCCAACGAGUUCCUCAUCAGUGGGACGCUCGAAUCCAAAACCAAGAAGGACUCGACGUCACCGUUGAGGUGAACGUGCCUCCUACGUGCCCCGUCGGCAUGUGGCGCUGCGUGGUCGAGACCUCCACUCGGGACGCGUCGAGUGCGCGGCUCCAGUACAGAUGCCCUGAAGACAUCUACAUCAUCUUCAACGCAUUCUCCAAAGACGACUCUGUUUACAUGGAGAACGACGCCCAACGUCUCGAGUACGUCAUCAACGACAACGGAAAAGUCUACACGGGCGGCUUCCGUAACGUCCGAGGACGUCCGUGGAUCUACGGGCAGUUCGACGACUGCGUCUUGCCGGCGGCCUGCGUGCUGCUCGAGAUGUCAGGACUAUCGCCCUCCGAGCGCGGCAACCCAGUCAAGGUGGCGAGAGCCUUGGCGUCCAUGAUCAAAGCCUCGCGACCAGGCCAGAGGUCGAACUCCUUCUGGGACUACGCGAGCUACGGGCUCAUCGAGCCGCGCUUCGAGGACGACUACAGGGGGGGCAACACCCCCCACCUCUGGACGGGGUCUGUGCAGAUCAUCGAGGAGUUCUUGCGAGGCGGGGCGACGCCUGUCAAGUAUGCCCAGUGUUGGGUAAUGGCUGCCCUCAUGACCACAUUGUGCCGCACUCUUGGUCUCCCUGCUCGUCCCGUCACCGCCUUCGUCAGCGCCGUCGACACGCAGGACUCUCUCACCGUCGACCGCUAUGUCGACAGAUACGGAGACAUCCUGGAGCAGGGCCCCGGGCGCGACCAGCCCGACGCGGUAUGGGCGUUCCACACGUGGACGGACGUCUGGAUGGCGCGGCCUGACCAGCCGCAGGGCUACUCCGGCUGGCAGGCCACCGACCCCUGCAGGACUUACAGGGACUUCAGGGACUUGUUCUCGGGCUCGUGCGGCCCUUGCCCCAUCGAGGCUCUGCGCCGCGGUGAGGUGGGGCAGCGGGACGACGUGGACGCCUUCUACGCCUCCCUCAACUCCUACGUCAGAUAUUUCUACGAGGACGAGGAGUCAGGCUGGGGCUUCUCUCCCUUCAGGCAGUUCAGGUACCCAGUGAGUCGGUACAUCCUUACGAAGGCAGUGGGCCGCUACGAUGAAGACGGUGACAACGACUGCGAUGAUCUAACGAACGUCUACCGCGACAACGAACGAUCUGACGUCGAGAAGUUCGCUGUGUUCAACUCCUGCCGCGGCAUCAGACAGGACUCACCUCCCUUCGAGUAUCAGGCGGCCGCGUUUAAAUGGGGCCCCUUCAAUCCUGAGGAGUCCGACCAACGCAACUUCGACGUGUCCUUUGAAUUGGACGCUCCAGAGAGGGUGAUGGUCGGGCAGCCAUUUGUCAUUCCUGUGGUCAUCCACAAUAACUCACCCGAGCCCAGGAACAUUCAGACCAACAUUUGCACAAGGAGCAGUUUUUACACUGGCGUGCUUGGCCCCUUCCUGAAGCGGUCCAGCACGCAGAUGACGCUGUCUCCCAACGAACAAGAAACAAUCACUCUCACGCUCGACCCCUGGGACUACAUGGACAAGCUCGUCGAUAUGUCCUUCGUCAAGAUCACAGUGACUGCAUUCGUUCAGGAAACCGGCCAGUCCUUCAUCGAUGAAUUCGAUUUCCGCUUCAACAAACCUUGGCUCAAUAUUGACUUGCCGGAUCCUCGCGUGGGAUCAGAGUCUGAGGCGACGUUCUCGUUCACUAACCCACUGGACGUGCCCCUCACCGACUGCUUCCUGACCAUGGAGGUGUCCGGCUCUGUUCGCCCUCGCACCAUCCGCAUCGAUAGGGAGGUGCGACCGCACGAAGUCUUCUCCUACACGCACACCUUCACGCCCCGCGCUGCAGGGGAGCGGCGUCUCGUCGCCUGCUUCGCCUCACGUCAGCUACAGGACGUGGUGGGUCAGCGGCCUGUCGUCGUCAGGGACUAAGACUUCAGAACAUCACUCGUCAAGAACUUUACGAACUACGCGGCAUCUAAACUGGUCAUGUUUUGAAGACGUAAUAACGUAUUAGCUCUUAGAUUUAAGAGACCAGUCUUUUUUCAAGAGUAAUGCGUUAUGAACAUCUUGAAGAGCCAAACAAAUGGCGCUCGCUAACUGCUCAUUGAGAUAAGACUUAACGAGUGGUUUAGUUAUUUUAGAUGUUGGUGUCUAUACUUGAAACAUUGGGAGCCGUGGAUUGAUAAAGUUCGAAUCGAGGAUCGAUUUCACCCCCAAAAAAGGCUAAAUCUCUAAACUUCUAAAAUAGUUCUGAAAAUCUUUGGGAAGUUAUUUACGAAAGAUUGAAAAGAAGCAUUAACAUAAAAAAUAAAAGCUUAAUUUAUUGCGGUACCAAUGUGCUAUUUUUUGCACUUUCUAGUAAAUUACUUUAUUAACUUUUACAAAUAUUUGGACUCGUAACUAUUUAGGAAGAGAAAUCAUUUGCACUGCCUUCUAUCGGGAUGAACAUUAAGGACUCGUCUUGGACACAGGUUGUCUUUAGGAUUUAUUGAACCCGCUCAGCUCGUGAAUUUCAAUUUCUAGUUGUUUCUAAUCUAGAGACCUCAAGAAUUCAUGGUACGCUGACUGUAAGUAUCCUAAAGAAGCCGACAAUCAUCACUGCCUAAACUUUCAAACACAAAUGCAUAUUUUCCUGACGAUAGUCAACCUUUUAACGACCACCGCGCGCGAAGUUACAGAGAGUGACAGGAAAGCAGUUGUGUCAAGUAUCUUAUUUCUUGCUUAUUUCUGUAGAACUUUCUGAGGCUAGGCACCAUUUCCAAGCUUUUCUGCUGUGUUCGGUGCUAACGCUUUAUUUCUCCUGUUGAGACUAAAAGAAUGCAAUAAAAUGCUCUGCUUUA